AUCCUCACUGCGUGCUGUGAGUAGAUCAGUUAACACUUUGUUUGCUGGUGGUAUGAAGUUUACACACGUUUUAAUGAACACAAGCCUUUAGUCAGUCUGACCCUGAGUGUAAAGAGACGUUCCAGGGUUAACUCAAACCUCAGAAAAUCGUCUUCUUUAAACGUUCAUCUUUAAAGGUUCACCACACGAGGUCGUUCAGUUUAUCUACUACAUGAAGUACGUGAAGUACAUGAAGUACAUGAAGUACGUGAAGUACGUGAAGUAUGUGAAGUACAUGAAGUACGUGAAGUACGUGAAGUACAUGAAGUACAUGCUCAGAUCAGGAAUUUACAUCUGAUUUGAUAAACAGACAGUCCAACGGUUCAGAGACGUUAUUCAAAUGAAGAGCAGAGAAGAAGGACGCCUGUUAACCACGCCCCUCUUUGCUGGCAACAACUCGUCUGUGAGCGUCGGGUUGCUGACGUGUUUCCAUGACGAUGACAAGUUCAAGUACCGUGCCUACACCUUCACCUACCUGCUGCUGUUUCCCGUGGCGUUUCUCUCCAACAUCGGGGCGUUGGUCAUCUUCUUCCUGCAGAUAAGCCGCAGAAGCGUCGCCUCCUCUGUGGUCAUGAUGAACCUCGCCCUAUCAGACCUCAGCUUCUCCCUCACCCUCCCACUGCGAUUGGCUUAUUACUUCCAGGGCGGCGUCUGGGACUUCCCCGAUUGGCUGUGCCGCCUGUGUGUCUUUGGCUUCUACGUCAACCUGUACACAAGCAUCCUCUUCCUGACUCUACUGAGCAUGCUCCGUUGGCUCGCUGUGGCUCAGCCUUUUCGUCAUCGCUCUCUGGCCACGCCCACUCGGACCUUGUUGGUUUGUCUUGGAGUCUGGCUGUUUGUGGGCGUGUCCUCUGUCCCCUUCCUGACCCAAGGGGUGACAAAAAGGGGCGGGUCUCCACGUUGCUUCGAGCCAUCAAGCCCCUCCUCCUGGACGCGUGUCCUGAUCCUAAACUACGUGGCGUUGGCCCUCGGCUUCCUCCUCCCUUUUCUCACGAUCAUCGUCUGUUACAGCAGAAUCAUCCGGCACCUGACGAUCCGAUCCAGCCUGCACGCCAACAGGUCAUCCAAGAGCGCUCAACAACUUCGCAACAGGCGGCGCUCGGUGCACCUGGUCACCAUGGUGACGGCGACCUUUUUGCUCUGCUUCCUGCCCUAUCACGUGAUCAGAACUGUGCACCUGCACGCCGUGUGCGAGCGCUGGAGCUGUGACAUCACGGUGGGGCUGCAGCGGGCGGUGGUGGUGACGCUGUGUCUGGCGGCGUCCAACAGCGUGGUCAACCCGCUGCUGUAUUACUACUCGACCAGGACGUUCAGAGACAAAAUGAGGAACGCUCACUCCUCUCUGUCCAUCAAGAGGGGGUCCGGGCUCGCUCUCAUGAAGAGGAGGAACACCACCUGAGACACCUGGAGGUCAGGAAGCGUUCUCCUUAUACGAUGGACUGAGGAUCAUGGGAGGCGUUGUAUCCUCGUAAUCUAAAAAAAAUAUUCAUAAAAGUCUGUGGAAAAGUCUUUUCCCCGCUUUGUUCAAAACAAAAUCAAUGAUUGUGAAUAAGAGACUGAAAUCGAUGUCAGCUCUGCAGACAGCGAUCAUCCAGGACGCAGCGCCCUCUGCAGGGUCGACAUGAAAAGCCACCGUACUGCUUUGUUUUGUACGACUGACUGAAAGAUCCCCGGUGUUAUUUGACACUCUCUUCUGUUAAGAUUCAAAAUUCAAAGAUUCCAAAAAACUUUAUUGUCCAUCACAUUGUGACAGAAAAUGACCUUUUGUUGAGGCUCAACAUGAAAACAUAGAAACAUUCACACUAACACUCACAUCAGGUCAUAAAUAGCUAAAAGUCCCUUAAAUAGGUAAAAACACACGCACAGCAUUUAAAAAACAUUGCUUAUCUAGCCUGCUUUAAAAUGCGUAUUGCAGUGGGAAUAAAAGAGUUUAUUUUUGUUUUAUUUAUUUAUUUAUUUAUCUGUUAGGGACAGUGCACAUUAAUGAACAGCUGUAACAAAUGCCAGAUUAUGGCAGAAGUGCUUGUUUCCAUCUGUUGUCUCUAGGCAGGUAACAGAAAGUAAAUAAAAAUAAAAUACAAAUACAAAGGCACAAGUGA